AUGGGAGUCUAUUGUUUGCAUCACAAUUCAAGGAUACCUUUUGAAAGUGCAAUAAGGGUAUUCGACGAUGAAGCCAUGGGGUCGUAUCCAUGGGGUCGGACUGCAUAUGAAGUUCUCAUUGACUCUAUUAAAACGUUGGCUCCACAAGGAGGGUCAUACACAAUAAGCGGCAUGACCGUCGCGUUAUUGAUUUGGGCGUAUGAAUCUGUCGCCUGCUUCGGUGAGAAUUUUGGGAGGGUGGUGAAUAAUGAAGACGUUUCGCUUUUGCGAUGGGGUGGAAAGCGUACACGUGCAAGUUUUGAUAACUUGUUGGCUGCCGAAAUCAAAGAGCAUGGCGAGGUGCGUGUGAGGAGAAUGGCUUUGAAGGACUCAAUUGAAGAGAUGUUUCCUAAAUGGUCGGGGGAACCUGACGACCCACAACUCGGUAAUGCGCAGGGGAAGGGGAAUGAGAAGAAGAAGAAAAUGAAGGGUGGAGUUUCGUCAGAAGGUGAGCCACCCACUAAGAAGCAGAAGAAAUUUGAGUCACGGGUGGAAGCUUACGAGUUAGACCAGAAUAGACCAUUGAUGGACCAAAAGACCAUUGAUGACAGCGUGAAAGCUUUACUGGAGGAGCGUCUGAAAGUUAUCAGAGUUGGGAAAAUUCUCGAAAACAAUGAUAACCCCUCCCCACCAUCAGCAGAUAAAUCUUUAACAUUGGCAUCACCGCGGGUUCAAACGCAGCAGAAGUCUGUCAAUAGUCCAGCGUUAGCUGCGACUCCUGGUAAGGUUUUUGGACCGAAAAAGAAUUUGGCCAAGGAGCUUGAUAAAGAAUCAGGGGUGAAAAGGACUUUGGCUGAGGAGUUUGGUAGUGUCGCUAAAGCUACUGAUCAUGAUAGUCAACAUGUUGAUUUCGUAUUAGUUUCUCCUUCAAAGGAUACUAAGGAUGAUAAGGAUGCUAAGGUUCCAGCCUAUGGACGCGGCUGCAGGGGCAACCGUAUUUUUAAGGGUGAGGAAGCCGAUGAGAAGAAAAAAGCAGCGCAGGCAAAUGUUGCGUUUAAGAGGAAGGAGAAGGCUGAGACUAAGAAAAAAGCGGUUGAGGCUAAGAAAAAAGAUGUUGAGGCUAAGAAAAAAGAGGUUGAGGGAGAAAAGUGUUCAGUAACUCCAAAAGGGUUUCCAAAGGCGGCAGUUUCUUCACCAGCUGUUUUUCCGUACGUAGGAGAGAAUGGAACGACGUGCAUGAGGAAAAAUGUUACUCCUUCAUCAGUAAUAUAUGACCCUCUAGCACCUGUUGAUCCGGUGCUACUCGAAAAACUGAUGCAAUACAUUAAGGGAAUUCCACCCAAAACACCAGCACCAGCAGAUAAACGAGCAGUCCUCUCCGCUGAUCAUGAGGGUGAUUUCUACAGCAUACUCAUCCAUGAAAGACCGUGGCCGGAAAAUGAAUAUGGAUGGGUGUUUGAUAAUGGUAAGCUUCCUGAACAUUGUCUAACAAACUUGAAGUGGUAUGAAGAUGUGGAUCACUUGUACGGAUGUCUUCAAACCGGCGGAAAUCAUUGGGUUGCAUAUCAUCUGGAUCUAAAGAAGGAGAAGAUUGAUUGCUACGAUCCAAUCUUUGGAGAGGCAACACCCGAAACCCCUAGUAAGAAGAAGUUCUCACUCAGAAGGAGGAGCAAAAGAUACACUCCACAAAACACCCAGAUUGGCGAUUGUGGGGUGUAUUCGUUGAAGUUUGUGGAGUGUCUAGCGCUUGGUGUAACGUUUGAUGGGAUAAGCGAUAACAAUAUUCAAGGUUUACGGAUGAAGAUGGCAGCAGAGAUCCUCGAUGAAGGAGGAAAUACUGUGAUGAGCAGUUUGAUGGCUAAUUGA